AUGCGUAAGCAUAUCGUACCGACUCGACCGACCUUCCAGCCAUUCCGGACACUUAGACCUUGCUACUAUCAACGCACACGCCAGAUCUGCAUCUCCCAAGACUAUCAAGCAACCCUGAAAGAGCCAAACAGGAUCCGCGCGGAACGCAAGGCAGAGGUUCAGCAUCUGGCUAAACUCAUGAAGCACAUGGACGAGAUGAUAAUGACUUCACGACUGCUCAACACCGAGUUCCGAAAGCAUGCUGCCAACCUCCGUGAGUUGGCCAAUGAAUUGGACAUUCGCAUUGGUGGUGAAGCAGAUGUAAAGGUCUCUCUGAGCGCACUGUACGUUGAAAGACUUAUUUUAUCACAUGGUGCGGUCGCUGGUUUCCACAGGAUUAUCGGAGGAGUCCUUGGGCUUGGUAUCAACUGGUUCCUGUCUACCACACUCACAAGUGAUGACUACGGUGCUUUCGAGAAGGCACAUGCGAAACAAGCAGAUGAACAGACAUCAGCAGAAAGUAUCACAUCAGCCGAGCCGUUCUUCUAG